AGUGGCUAACGUCGCAUCGGUUGUCACAUCAGUCAGUCCUUCGUAAACAUGGCAGACGUAGUCAACAGUUUUCUGGCACAGGCCACCGAAAAUUUAAAUGAAAAUGCGACGAACACGACCAAAAAACCACCCAGCAGUCCGGAGGGCAUGGCCGUGGCGUACGGCUGCCUCAUACUCAUGGCCCUUCUGCCGAUUUUCUUCGGUUCAUACAGAUCUGUUGUCUACCAUAAGGAGAAGAAACCCGAAAAGAUGACUAAGAAAGACGCUGCUAUUUUUCCAAUAAUGGCUUCGUGUGCCCUUUUCGGACUGUACAUAGUGUUCAAGUUGUUCUCAAAGGAAUAUAUUAAUCUGUUGUUGACUGGAUAUUUCUUUUUCUUAGGUGUCCUUGCUCUUACUCAUAUCUUGAGUCCAGUUGUGAGCAAUUUGGUACCCACCUCGAUCCAAAACAUUCCGUAUCACAUCACGUUCAAGCAGGGCGAAGGCGACGCCGCCCAGUUUCUGAUCGACUAUCGCUUCUCCACCUACGACGUGGUCUCGUUGGCCUGCUGCUCGUUGGUGGGCGCCUGGUACCUCAUAGGCAAACACUGGGUGGCCAACAACCUCUUCGGUCUGGCGUUCGCUGUCAACGCUGUGGAACUGUUGCACCUUAACAACGUCAUCACCGGCUGCAUCCUGUUGUGCGGCCUCUUCUUCUACGACAUUUUCUGGGUGUUUGGAACCGACGUGAUGGUCACCGUUGCCAAGAGCUUCGAGGCACCCAUCAAACUUGUUUUCCCUCAAGAUCUGCUCCAGAACGGCCUCGCCGCCGAUAACUUCGCCAUGCUCGGCCUCGGCGACAUCGUGAUUCCCGGAAUCUUCAUCGCCCUGCUGCUCCGCUUCGAUUACAGUCUGAACCGCAAGACCAAAACCUAUUUCCACGCCGCCUGUCUCGCCUACUUCCUUGGACUGAUGGCCACCAUCUUCGUGAUGCACGUCUUCAAGCACGCCCAACCGGCCCUCCUGUACCUGGUACCGGCCUGCAUCGGCACCCCGUUGGGACUGGCUCUGGUUAAGGGGGAUCUCACCGCUCUAUUCAAAUACGAGGAUAACCCGGACGAAAAAGUCGAUGAGAAAAAGAAGGACGAGAAACAAGCAAAGGAAACUAAAAAGGCUAAAUAAGAGUUUUAUUUUGAAAAAAUAUAUAUUUAUAUUUUAUAGUUCGUUAAAAUUUUAAAAAAAAAUCUUCCAUUUACAAAAAUAUGUAUGCACAAAAGGACUGCAUAUUUAAAAUUUGUAAACUGUAUUAAAUUUUAUAUUCCUAUAUUACUUUUAUCAUCUUCAGUUGAUGAUGAAGUAUAAAUCAAUGUACUUUAUAUUGUGCGCAAUUAAUUGUUUUUUUUAGUUAAGUUUUUUGAUGUUUUCUAAUAAAUAUUAAAACCCAACAGUA